GAGAGUCACUGCACACCUGCUCACCUGAACGUGGACUUUCAGACGCAUCACCCCAGAGACCCAGAGACCACACACCACAGCUAUCAUGGCCGAGAAGUUCGUUGGGACCUGGAAGUUGGUGAAGAGUGAAAACUUUGAGGAUUACCUCAAAGAACUGGGUGUGGGCUUUGCUAAGCGCCAGAUAGCGUGCAAAGUCAAACCAAGUAUGACCAUCUCGGUGGACGCUGAUGGAACCAUAAAUGUGCAAACGGAAAGAAAAGAUAUGAAGUUCAAACUGAACGAAGAGUUUGAGGUGACCACCGGUGAUGACAGAAAGACUAAAAAUGUAGUGAAACUGGACAACGGUGUUCUGGUUCAGAGGCAGACGUGGGAAGGCAAGGAGAUGACCAUCGAGAGAGAGUUGGUGAGCGACAAGUUAGUCACGAAAUUGAAGAUUGGAGAAGUGGUGGCGGUGAGAACAUUCGAGAAGGAGGCAUGAGUCUGUGCACCUGGAGAGAGGAGAGACCUCUAAUUUAUUCCCAUUUCCCUCUGGAACAUUGAAACAGAACUAUGACAUCUCUCUCUUUCUCUCUGUCAUUGUGUGUCAUGUUAUUGCUCUGUGUAUGAAUGAAUAAUCAGAAUAAAAAUUAAAUAGACCCAA